AUGUCGCCUUCAACAAUCUACCCCUCGACUCUACCCGCCCCCUCCUCUCGUCCGCUCAACCUCUCUCACGUCCGACCCGCUCUCCCGUCCGACCCGCUCUCCCGUUCGACCCGCUCUCCCGUCCGACCCUCUCUCCCGUCCGGCCCUCUCGACCCCAUCGCUCGCUGUACUGCCCUCCCCGCUCUCCUCGCACGAUCUCAUGCCCACUGGCCCACCGGCCGGCUCGCCCGCAUCGUCCGUAUCGCCUCGCGCAUCGCAUGCGUUACCCGGACCCACGCUCGACUCACCCGCAUCUCCCACUCGACGUCGCGCUCGCCUGCUCGCUACAGCUCGACACCACCCACCAUCCUAGCAUAUCCUCCUCCUCCUCCACCUUCGUCAACACCUCUGCCUCCGACGCCUCGUCCGCCGUCACCACCACCACCACCCACAUCACCACCACCACCACCACCUCCUCCUCCACCUCCUCACGCCGCUCCUCCGAGUCCUUGCGCACCAUGCCCAGCGCCAACCGCCGCGACCGCGACCGGACCUCGCAGGACUGCUCCAAGUCGAUGUCCGCGGCGAGCACCGGUCACAUACAUGCCGCCCUCCUCGACCAGGCCGCCGCUGCCGCAUCCGCAUCCGCAUCCGCAUCCUCGCGCACUGGCCGGCCUUGCCUUCCCCCGGCGUCACGCCCCCCUCCACCCUUGGCUGCUGUAUGAGCGGUAUAGGACGGGGAAGCUUCUCGCACGACGUGCGACGCAGAAGAUCGGCAAGGAGGAGACGCGGCGGCUGACGCGCCCCCAUCGUCUACCCUGCACUCCUCGCCCGCGUCGCCGAGGCCUUCCGCGCGCGCGUUCUUGAGCGGCGACAUGCCUUGCCUUUGCGCACGCGCUCAGCAAGUUCAUCCUGCCCCUGCACCCCGACUCGGCGUCCAUGCAGGAGAGCGGCUCCUCACCCUCGCACGACCCCUCCUCCACCGACUCGCCGCUACCGUCGCUAGGUGACCCCGAGCGCGACGACUCAAGAUGCACCCUGCGCUCUGCUCAGACGCGCUACAUGCGUUCGAAUGUGUCAACAAGGAGGACAAGGGCAAGCUGGCGGCGGAGAGACAAGACGGGAAAGGGAGGGCUGAUUGUUACGAGGGUAUGUGCCUCCUCUCGUGUUUCUUCUUGCCCCUCCCUUAACAUUUCCGCCGCACGCACGCAUCCCCUCGAACUCAUGCACAUGCGUCCUCUCUCCUCUCAACAGCCUUGAAGCCUACGCACCUUGGACCGCGCUGCUUCACUGUCUCAAGGCCGACGUCCCGUCCUUCGACCUCACGCACCGCCGCCACGCACUGUC